UUUUUAUGACGACUCGUUUCUCUCUGCUUAUGGCCAUCCAGGCGCAGCGCUGCCAGACUACAAGCUGCUAAAGCAGAAUAUGAACUUGAACUUCUCCGAUUCCUAUCGGACCUCGAGCUUCAAGACUCAGCACCUGCGCGCUGACAGUGAUUUCUACCCGGCGGGCACCGCGGACGUGGGCUCGCUGAAGCUCGCCUCGCCCGAACUCGAGCGGCUGAUCAUCCAGAGCAGCAACGGGGUCCUCACCACGCCGACCCCGGCCCAGUACCUCUACAACCGCGGCAUCACAGAGGACCAGGAGGUGUUCGCCGACGGCUUCGUCAAAGCGCUGGACGAUCUGCACAAGAUGAACCAGAUGGCGCCCCCGAACGUCUCCAUCGGCGCCGGCGGGCUCGCCUGCCCGGCUCCCGGCGGCGUGUUCGCCCACGCCAUGCAGCCAGAGUCGCUGGAGUACACGACCCUGAGCAGCUGCACCACGAACCCCUGCCUGACCUCCUCGGCGAGCUACCCGUCCACAACCAUCAGCUACCUGCCGCACCACCAGUACCACCAGCAUUCCCAGGCGGUGGCGCACGGCUCCCACCACUUCCAGCACCCGCUCGCCGGCGCCGGGAUCCACUCGCCGCGCUACGGGGGCUUGAAGGAGGAGCCGCAGACGGUGCCCGACAUGCAGAGCAGCGACAACAGCUCCCCGCCGAUGUCCCCCCUCGACAUGGAGAACCAGGAGCGGAUCAAGGCGGAGCGCAAGCGGCUGAGGAACCGGCUGGCGGCGUCCAAGUGCCGGAGGCGCAAGCUGGAGCGCAUCGCGCGUCUGGAGGACAAGGUGAAGGUGCUGAAAACGGACAACGCGGGGCUGUCGAGCACGGCGUCCCGUCUACGGGAGCAGGUGGCCCAGCUCAAACAGAAAGUCAUGACUCAUGUGAGCAGUGGCUGCCAGCUCAUGUUAGCGCCCAAAGUGAAGUCUUACUGAAGAAAUUAUGCACUUUUUUUUUUUUUUUUUAAUGGACACUGGACAAAAAACUGCACUGAAAAACACAAGACUUUAUACGCUGAGUGUAUGAGAACUGAAUCAUAAGUGACUUUAAAGAGAGAAAAUAAAG